UGCACAACCUGACUUCCUUGGGACAGUCCCGCAGAGGGCUGCAGCGGCGUGGGUUUAUUUCAGCGUGAAAAAAAGACGAAGGAGCAGAGAGUGAAACCAGGAUAUUUCACCGAAAACAAAAACAACACGUGUGGAUGGAACAGAAAGAAAAAAAAAAAGAGGCGAGAAAAUCGCGCGGCUAUUUUGGGCACAAGCAUUAUUCCUCUUACUGAAAACACAGCGAGAGAGAGAGAGAGAGAGAGAGAGAGAGAGAGAGAGAGAGAGAGAGGAGGGGGGGGCAGCCGCCUGCUCAGGAGCUGCAACUGUGCGCGCUUUCAUCCAGGAGAUAGUUUCUUAUUUGCUUUGUUUAAUCAAAUAAAUAAAAGGAAGAAGAAGAAGAAGUGCAGCCUGAUGAAGAUGAAGCGCCCUCUUGGAUGAAUCGAAGCGCAUGCACUGCAAGGAUGCUGCCCUCACCAGGAGCAGGUGAAUUCAGCCAAGUGGAGGAGGCGCAGGGCACAGGGAGGCAGGAGCGACGCACAACAGCCGCCGGACCACAACACCUGCUCCACAAGGAUAACCUCCUCAUCCUCGUGUAUGCUGCUGGUUGACAAGUUCCUUCUCUCUUAGAAUAACUGGAUUUUCAACCUUCCCUUUUUUUUUUUCUUUUUCUUGCAAGUUGGGUGAAAUACUAGGGCACCGUGACACGGACAGACGCGCGGUUCAUUUGGAAAACCAGUCACACACACACACACACACACACACACACACACACACACACACACACACACACAAAAGAAAAGAAACCAAGAGCUGCUCUUCUGCCUCACUAGAAUCAAUCUUCUUCCCAUCAAGGACACAAUCAUCUAUCCGCAAGGAUGCCCGGAGCACUUCUAUCAGCCGAGUCGCUCUACAUCGCGAUGGAGGUGCUGAUCGCGCUCGCGUCUGUGAUCGGGAACGUGAUGGUGGUUUGGGCGGUGAAAAUUAAUAAGUCGUUGCGAGAUAACACGUUCUGCUUCAUCGUGUCCCUGGCUCUGGCGGAUAUUGCGGUGGGAGCCCUCGUCAUCCCCCUGGCCAUCACCAUCAGCAUCGGACUCCAAACUCACUUUUACAGCUGCCUGCUCGUGGCGUGCACGGUGCUGGUGCUCACGCAAAGUUCAAUCCUGGCCCUCCUGGCUAUUGCGAUUGACCGCUAUCUCAGGGUCAAGAUCCCUACCAGGUACAAGCGGGUGGUGACCCCUCGGCGAGCUGGGUUGGCGGUGGUGAUAUGCUGGACGGUGGCUUUCAUCGUGGGGCUCACACCCAUGCUGGGCUGGAACAACCUGAGGCGCCUCCAGCAGAACGGCUCCAUCAGCUCUGACCUCGUCAUCACCUGCCGCUUUGAGAACGUCAUCAGCAUGGACUACAUGGUCUAUUUCAACUUCUUCGGCUGGGUGCUGCCGCCAUUGGUGUUCAUGCUGCUCAUCUACGCGGAGAUCUUCUACAUGAUCCACAAGCAACUUAACAGCAAGAAGUUCACCACCAGUCACACAGACCCCAACAAGUACUAUGACAAGGAGUUGAAUCUUGCCAAGUCGCUCGCUCUGGUCCUUUUCCUCUUUGCCAUCAGCUGGCUCCCCCUCCACAUCAUCAACUGCAUCACACUUUUCUGCCCUGACUGCAAGACGCCCAUCGUCCUCCUCUACAUCGCUAUCCUUCUCACCCAUGGCAACUCCGCCGUCAACCCAAUCGUCUACGCCUUCCGCAUUAAGAAGUUCCGCACGGCCUUCAGGAAAAUCUGGCAACAGUACUUCUGCUGCAAGGACACGCCAGCGCUGGAGAUUCAGCCCAGCGACAGGAAAGAGAUGCCCAAUCCGGAGCUGCAGCAGGUGGCAUCCCCACAGCCGCCUCAGAAGAAAAUCCUAAAUUCUGCUCCGACAGAACAGCAGCAGCCUCCGCCUUCACCGCCGCCUGAGGAGGAGCAGGACAAGACGCCCGAACCACAGCAGCAACCCAAAGAACAUCCGCCCUUACUGGAGCAGAACGCAGUGUAAUCCAAGGAACGGAGCUGAUCCCUAGCUGGGAAAGUAAUGCUGAUCACUGCAAGAGCAUUGGUUCUGUCCUCAUCUGAAUGAGGAGCGUGAAGUGCUUUGGUGCUGUGAACAAUAAGGCAACUGGGAUGAUAAAUCUCACUGGAAGAUCAUGUGUGGUUACGCAGGAGGAGUGGAUUUAAAAAAGGGUUCCCCAAAAACUCGCAAUAAUGGACGUCUUUCACAGCAGCUGUCUAUCUUAGUAACUGACGUAAGACAUUAAGCUUUAAUGUUCAUUUUUGUCAAACAGUUGGUGUGAACAUUAAGAAACGUGCAAUAUAAGUUAUUGUGGGUGGACAGUAUCAAACAUUACAACUCUUUUUUUUUUUUAUUCAAAUAGAGCAGCCUCAUCUUACUACUGUAAUCAUGUAUGUCUGCGUGUGUAUAUGUGUGUGUGUGUGUGUGUGUGUGUAAGUGACAGUGGCUGAAGAAUAUGAAUGUAAUAAUACUGUAAAUAAUGGACUAGCUGUGAGCGCUCAUCUCUUCUGCAGGGUCUUAAUCGCACAACAGUGGUGGAGCAAGUGGCACUGUGGGAGAGAUUUUUGCAGCGAGGAGGUGUGCACGUGCUGAUAGAAGGGUUUUGUAAUCCCUUAACUCUCGUCCGCUGGAGUCUCUGAGUGAUCCAGGAGCUCUGAUCCAUUACAGGGGAGAUGGACAUGGAUAAGAAACAAGCAGCUGGAGGGAAUGGGAGGUUUUAACCUUUCAGAGGCUGCGUGCAGGAGACUCCUUGCUGCAGGGUGACAGCUACUCAUGGGGGGAGAAAGACAAGAUGCACUUAAAGCUCGUCUUUAUCCAUGCCAGCUGGAGUCAGGCGAGGAGGGGUUUCCUCUUUUUUUCCCCUUCAUGGACUGAUAAUAACCUUAUUACAAGUGACCACUCGGCACAGUGGCUUCCAUGGCCUUAUUAAGUGUUUUACUUAGUAUGGACUGGACAAGAAAAGACAACCUGAAGAUUGUGAGUAUCUUUACUAUACCGUGUGCUCAACAUUUUGCAUAUUGCCAAACUGGAGCAUUUGUAGAUUAGUGAUUAAACUAUGAUAAUACCACUGACAAAAAAAAAACACUGUAUGAGAAUGUAAAGUGAUUCUGUUAUGUCUCUUGUAAAGACUCAGAUUUGUGGACAAGACAGUGCACUGGUGUUCUCCUAACUGGGUGACAAUCUCUUAUGUAAGGGGGAGAGAUUUUUAAUGCGGUCUUGACAGACAUCUCUGGCAGGAGCAGACACUGAGCAUGUUGACGCUCGGAUAUAAGGGUGGGCGAUCUGACGAUUUUAAAUCAUAAUCACUCUUUAAAGCAGCCACGAUCGACUCUUCAGCUGAAUCUUAACCUUAAAACUUCAUGUAACCUCACUGACUAGCAGGAUCAACAAUACAUGACAAAUCAGUGUGACCACUAAGAUUGGACAAAUCACUACACUUGACUCCUCUUGUGGUGUCGUAUUGUAAAUAUUACAAUUUGAAUUAUAUCAAGCAGCAUCAUGAAUGAAGAGCCGACUGAAGAUCAAUAUUUAGAUCAUGGAUUUUUAUUAAGAUAGACAGUGAUAUUAUUUGUUUGGACAGAUCACUCCCCCCGACUUGAGUCACUAGGACGACAGUGCCAACAUGAACCUUAAUGCAAUCCACAACACCUGAGGAAAAGAAAAGAGGAUGCAAAAUUGUGUAACAUAAUGUGCUUUCCAUAGAUAAUGCUGUUUACAACCUAGGUUUUUAAGUAUGACUCCAAUAGAAUAGUGGAAUAUACAUGCAGUAUUUGUGUUUUUAUUUUAUCUUAUUUUCUAGCUUGAUGAAUGAUCUCUGGUGCAUAUGUGGCAACUGAGCACACAGUCCAACACUGACUCCUAGAAAUUACAUAAAUAACUAAUCUGCAGCAGCACAUGCAUAACCUUUUCUAUAAACCUGAUGAGAAAAUGUUGUUAAUUAAAGAAUAUGGUAUCUGGUAAAUUCCAAAAAUGUUGUAACUUAAUGCCUCCGAAAAAUUGACAUUUUUUCCCCCCACUGCAAUAUCCAAUGUAGCAAUACAGAAGCAUCAGUCGUGGCUACUGCAUCGUGAAAUUUUUCAUGGGUAGCAAACGCACUUUGGUUGAACAUUCAAAAAAGGAACUAACACAGUUGAAUGAACAAAAGUGUUGCCGUUGUCAAAGACGUCGAGGUAGAGAUGUCUACUGACAUUAGCAUGCUAAACAGUUAGCCUCAGCCCGCCCUGUCUCCUAAUACCACUGUGUACCUCUAGAGGUAAUAGUCUGUUAGCCCCUGCAGUUGAAGCUGGGAGAUGUGCCUGAAUUCAAACUUCUCUCUUUUACCAAAGAAGCAUUAGAGUUCAUCAACAUUUAACUAAACCACGUCUCCCUUUGACAUCCACCAAAGUGCUUCUGUUGCUUCGACCUAACCACGGACAGAUACAGGAGGUCUGAACAACAGACUUUGGUGUCAGAAUUUUGUAUGCUCACAGUUGACUUCAACCAAAAAAAUCAAAAAUCAAAAAAGGUUGCCUUAAAAUAAUUCAGGUAGCAAUUAUGUUUGUCUAAAAAACAUAAUUUAUAGGAAACGGGGUUGCACAAGUACAAAUCCCUGGUGCACUCAUUCCAGUAGCAUGUCUACAUUUAUGAUGAAUCAUGUGACCACUUUUGUAAAAUAUACAGUUCACAUUCAGCUUUUUUGGACAUCCAGCAUCUUUCAGAUCAUUGUUUUGGUUUUGUGGCCUGCAGCUUCAGUGUUUUGGUUUGGUCCCAACACUAUCAUCAUUGUUUCUAGCAGAGGCGGGCCGCUGACGCAGACAAAGAUUGCAUCUAGCUGGUGCUGAAAUUUGAGCAUUUUAGGAUGGAUUCAGACAUGUUGCGCCUGAGUCAGCAAGAUCAGGACGGAGAUAAAAAGGAAAGCUUUAAUAUUGGGCUCAUUAUUCAGUUGUGAACAUAACUCCAAAUGAAUCCUAAUGUUGGUACACAUUUGCUAGCUGUGCAAAUAACCAGCUGUUCACUGACAAUGUCGGUGUUGCCAAAAAAUCAGGUAAUGCAGAUUUAAAGAUGGGCUCUAAUAGCCCUCAUGAAUCUGCUCCUUCUUCAUGUGAAGCCAG